AUGGGCGACAGCAGACUGAACACAUCGGCGAUAGCGAGCCGGGAAUCGGUGUUCUUAGCAAUGCCCGGCUACUACGAAAUGGUGACAUCGGUGGUACCAGCGCAGUGGAGCACUCUGUCGCGACUACCGACAGAAUUCGACUAUUUUGGGCAGUUCACAACGUAUUGUCACUUCACUUGGGUCGAUGUGGGCCUUGUCCUGCUUUUCGCCGUAUUUUGGACCGUGCUCAGAGCGACACUGACGUGUUAUCUCUAUAAGCCGUUUUUACAAGGUUUGAAGUUGGAUGACGAGGAAUGCUUUGCCAAGGCGCCGGAGAGUUUCUUCAAAUCUACGUGGUACACUCUGUCGUGGAUUUACACUACUUCUAUAUUAUUCAGUGAGAGACACACGAUGUUCCAAGACCCGGCGUCAGUAUUUGGAGAUUGGUCCAAUGGAAUGGAAGUACCAUUGGAUAUUUACAUACUCUACGUCUACCAGUGUGGUUUCUAUGUACAUUCCAUCUACGCAACCAUUUACGUCGACGCCAUUAAAAGUGAUUUUUAUCUUAUGAUUGCACAUCAUAUUCUCACGAUAAACCUGCUCGUGUUUUCCUACGCAGUUCGAUACUAUAAGAUCGGUGUGCUGGUCAUAUUUUGUCACGAUAUCUGUGACGUAUUCUUAGAAAAUGCCAGGAUAUUUGUACAGACUAAAGAAAGAAAUGGACAAGUUCACAAUUUGAAUGAAAUGUUUGCAAACUUAUUUUUUGCUGGAUUCGUCAUUUCUUGGUUCUUAGCAAGGUUAUAUUGGUACCCACUCAAAGUGUUAUAUGCAGCUGGCAGAUUCUUCUUUCCUGUUGCCCCAUUCGUCACAACAUUCAACGUCAUGUUGUGGCUGCUAUUAGUGAUGAAUAUCUACUGGUUUUGGAUUCUCCUGCAGACUUUGAUACGAUUAGUGAGCGGAGAACUGAACAAAGGCAUAACCGAUACGCGGGAAAAAGACGGCGCAGUGGGUACUCAACAAAUUGAAAAAGAAAAGAAUAAGAAGAAAAAUCAAUAA